UUAAAUUUUUCGCAAUUUACGGAGAAAUCGUAAACCGUUUGCUUUUUCAAAGAAACUUUUCGUCAUUCCAUUCCUCACCGUAACAUCAAAUAGACUCGUUUCCAAACGCCGGUCGAAAAUUUUCACAGUAAGAAGAAGUUGAGAAAAAAUUUCCACCUUAAAUUUAUCAAAGUUUGCAAAGAUAAUUGGAACAUAUUAAUUGUCAAAAGAUCUCUAAUCAAAUAAAAAGAAUUCUAAAUCAAAUUCAAGCUUUUAAAAAUUGUCGGAAAGAACUUCAAUCAGAUUUUUUCACACGAAGAAAGUUAAGGAUCGUACAAGGAGAGAAAAAGAAGAGUGGAAAAUCGAUACUUUCGUCAGAAGAACGAAACGAAGUUGUUGUUGGCAUUAGUGCGAGAAAGAAUACAGUGUUGGGUAAUAAAGUGCUUUAGUGAAAACGAGUGAGUGAGAAGGAGAGAGAAAAGCUAUCCUAAAAGAUUUCCUUUCGGUUUUAUUCAACAUAUUUUACUCCUCGGGUGCGGCCAUUAGAGGCAGGAAGAACUUAAAGGCAGACUCGAAAAAAUUUAUUACAAACCGAAAUAAGUUCACUUGCAAUUUAAGUUUGCGUAACUUUUCCUUCAAAUAUUUUUUGCUGAAAAAAAUUGUUCGUUUCAUUUCUUUAUUUUUUUCUGUGAAGCAAAUUUUUUGAACUCUUCGCCUUGAAGUAAAACUUUCCAUUAAGCAUUCCGUUGUGAGAAUAUAAAAAUAAAACAUCAACGAUAUUAGAUAAAAGUUUAACAAAUAUAUUUGUCCGGGGAAAUUGUAAAGGAUAAUUCUGUUCCAUUCAAUGGAUACCGUGGUGGAUGAAAGCGCUGGGAAUGCCAAUUUGGCAUCUUCAUCAGUCGAACCUCCGACUAAUGACAACGUAGACGUUGGAGAAAAUCCAUCGUUAGGCGAACUUGGUAUCCUUUCGGAUGGACCGGCUUCGUUUAACUUGGCGGUUGGACCUCCGAGUCCCUUGACCGGAUGCUAUUUGCUUAUUGUGAUUGGUGAACCAUAUUCAAUUGAUCACAAGGACAUCAUUUUGCAAAAGCUCUUGAAGGGUCUGCUUUCGUGGAGCUCCGCAGACUGUCACGUCAAUUUAGAAGAGGAAUUGAAUGCCAUCACGAACCAAGGGUUGGAAGGAGAAGAAGGGAAAAAUGGUGAACGUCUCAUUCAAUAUGCAAGCGAGAAUUUAGUCACGGAAAUUUUGAUUCAUCCCCAAACAAACACAUUCAUACAGUGUAUGCGCAAUUUGUUGAGUAGCUUCACUCGACACCGUCACAUCAUUCACGCUGGCUACACGUUUACUGGAAAUGGUUCAUGGAUAUUGCAGGAUGGAACAUUUUCUGUAUUGGAUUUCUGCGAUGCAUUCUUAGAGAAUGAAGUACAACGCGUGUUGCGAGCUUAUCCUAACACUAUAACUAUUGAUAUUCACUGUGCCCAACUGGGCCAUUGGUCUUCAUUGCCCGAAAAGAACUUUACAAGGCUUUGCAAAAUUCGCAUAAAUCCCGAAGACGUGCUUGACUCGGGAAAUGAGAAAUUGAACGCUUUCACUGAUUAUUUAUCAUCUAUGGUACGUCCUGGAGAGUUGUUUAGUUUGCUAGAAAGCUCGGAAGUGGUAGGAAAUAUUCGCUUUAGUCAUCCAACACUUUACGUCUUCCCCGGCGGCCAAGGUGAUUCUGCAUUAUUUGGUAUCAACGGCUUCAAUAUGCUUGUUGAUGGUGGCUUUCCAAGAAAAGCAUGUUUUUGGGAUUUCGUUCGUCAUUUGGAUCGAUUGGAUGCCGUGUUGAUGACGCGCUUAAAUAACAGCAACAUUUGUGGAAUGAGUUCUGUCAUUGAAAGGAAAAGUUCAAAUCCUGUCUACCCACAAAUUGGCCAUUUCUUCGCAAACAUACCUGAACGUCGAGCAAUUUCAAGUCCUGACGGUGAUAAAGACCGUAAUCCUUUGGAAUUAAGUUUGAUGGAAGAGGGUAAUCGUUUGGUUUCAAACUUGAAAACAAUUAACUUAAAGCCCCAAACAUGCUAUCGUGAUAAUGAGCCUAUCAAUCUUUAUCACAAGGUCGGUCACGGAACUCUCGAUAUGUACAUCAUUAGCCCAUCGAAAGAGUCAAAGGAAGUCAAAGACUUCUUGAAGAAAUGGCACGCAAAUGAUCAUCAACUCUUCGCUGCAAAGGAUUCAAAGGAAUUUAACUUCCCAGCUCAAAAUCUUGUUUCAAUUUGUGCUUUGCUUGUUUGGCAGCCAGCAAAUCCUGAAGAUAACAUCACAAGAAUUUUGUUUCCAGGAAGUACUCCAAGUUUGAAAAUAUUUGAAGGUCUUGAUAAAGUUAAAGCAUUGGAAUUCUUGAAGCAUCCAAUUUGUACAGUCAAAACUGUUACACCAAGUCUGUCAACAAAUAUUUUAUCAAAAAAGUCAUUAAAAGCAGAAAAAUUGAUUGAAUCUCAAGCAAAGACGAUGAGAGAGAAGAAAAUGGAAAUCGAUAAGAAGGCUGAGAUUGAAAAGAAAGCUGAAGGAGAUGAUAAUAAUGUUCAACCAGAUAAUCGUCUGAUUGAAGAACAAACAAAUGAGUGUUCAACUGAAACUAAAACUGAAAAAACUGUCAUUAAAACUGUUACUAAAUCCAAAGCUUCUGUCAAGCAAAUCAAGUCCGAAAUUAAGCAAACUGAAGUAAAGAAGUCUGAAACAGAACAGUUUGUUACUGAAAAAAGUGAUAAGGAAGAGACUGAAAUAAUAAAAUCAUCAGAUGGGCCAGAAGAAGUUUCUGCUGAUGGUAAAGAUGAAAAGAUUAUUAAUAAGAAAGAUGAAGUAGGUGAAACAAAACCUAAAGCAAGAAUAAGUAGACCAAAAGCCGACAUGAAGUCGCAAGUCAAGUCACGUAUUGAUUCUAAGCCUCCAAAAUCAAUGGACAAAAAGACUGCAAAGAAAGAUGAAAAAGAUCAAAAAUCAUCUCCUACAACUCCUAAAAAAGUAGCAGACAGCAUUGCUAAAGUUCCAAAUGGUACUGCUGUUCCUGUUAAAGAAACAUCUUCGAAGGAAAAGGAAGCACCUGUUAAAGCAAAGGUUGCACCAAGAUUAUUAAAAGCCAGUCCUAAAAGCACACCGGCAAAAAGCACUAAAGAUGCAAACAAUCGAAAAGUUCUCGAAGCUCGUCAAAAACCACAACCAUCUGCUGUUACCAAAACUGUAACUAGAACUGAAGAAACAUCAAAGAAAGAAAUAAAAAGUGUUGCCAAACGUACUAUUCGUAAAAGUGGAAGCCCAAUGAAAGUUUCACGUAAAGAUGCAGCUGUCAAGAAAGCUUCAAAAUUGGAUAAGAAUGGAACAACCGAUUCAAGCUUAGUUUCAACACCAAGCGCUGAUGAUGUUCCGAAGAAAGUAUUGCCAGGUGUUGAAAAUGAACCAUCACCACAAAAGGAACUUAUUGAUCUUAAGGAAGAACAAGAUGCUGUUCGAGAAAUUGAGGCAGUUUUUGAGAAAGAUCAAAGUAAAAAGCAAACUCAUGGAAUCAUCAUGGAACAUCGAGAGUUGCAUGAAAGCACAACUGAAGUUGAAGAAGAAGAAGAAUAUCUUAUAAUUGAGAAGGAAGAACCUUACACAGAAGAUUCCAUUAAUGGUCCCGUCAGUCAGAAAGAAGAAGAAGAUGUUGCAAGAGUCCAAAGAGAUUCUGAUGAUUCUGAGAAGAAACUUAAAGAUGAUUCGAAAGAAAAAGAACCUGUUGGUGAAAACGAGGAAGAAAUUAUUCAGGUUGACGAUGACGAUGAGAAAAAUUCUCUUGUUGGUGAAAUUAAAAUUGAAGUUCAAGAAAUAUUGACAUCAGCAACAAAAAUCGCUAAAAGCAAAAUGGAAACUAGUCUCGAAGGUCUACAGAAAACUGAAGAAAUGUCGGCACCUAGUCCUGAUGAUAAAUUAAGCAGUAAUAAAAGAACAUCAGAAACUAAAGAAGACGAUCAAAAAGAAGGUGCUAAAGAUGACAUUGAUCCAAUUAUGAUUGAAAGUCAGCCUGAAGAAAAAUUCUCUGCCACUUCUGGUGCCACAACUGCACCUACAAUGCCUGAAGAUGAAGUCAAAGAUGGACCACCACUUGAUGAAAUUAAAGAAGAUUUGGCUGUAGAAGAGAAGUACAUCAAGGAAGAAACUAAGGAAAGUGAAGUUGUUGUAACAAAGCUUCCAGUAGUCUUGGAACCGUUAAAUAAAGAAGAAAAAGUUGGUUUUACUGCUGUCCCACAUUUAAGAGAUAUUGUCAAAACACCUGAUGAAGUGGCCGAUUUGCCAAUGCAUGAAGAAGUGGUUGAUUAUCAAGGCUACGUCGAGUAUAGUGGAAAGAGACAAAGCAGUGACAAACAAGAAGCAAUUGCAGUUGCAAAGCAAAUUGAAACAGAAGGAAAAGAAGCUUUAGAUCAGAAGAUAUCUUUAAGUGAUCCACUACAGCUUGGUGUUGCUGAAAAAAUUGUUGAGAAAGAAAUAAAAACUCAACGAACAGAAAUCGCUUCAAUAUUGAAUAAAGGAAUAAAAGAAACACAUAUCACAACUGUUCAAUCUCCUGUAACUGAUGAAAAAGUUCCAAAAUUCGAGGACGUAAGAAACGAUCAAAAGCCAUCAUCGUAUAAAAUUGAAGAAAUUAAGUUUACUCCUAUUGAAGAUGUUGGUUUGAAUGAUAUUAAGGAAGAGGACGAACACGGUGUUUCUCCUCCACCUAAACAGUUGUCAGAUGAUGUUGAAAGAUUAAGUGCAUCUCCUAAAAUUCCUCGAGCUCGAACACCAGAAGAUGUUAUGGCAAUCGUAUCGAAAGUUGCAGAAGUUCUUAAAACUGAUAAAGAUCUUGAAGAAAUUAUUUCUGGAUUUGACGAACAAGAACUUGAAAGAAGGUUAUCAGCCAAACCUUCAGAUGAAGAAGAAAUUGAAAAUGAACAAGAAGCUGCUCCAACAGUUCAACGAAUGCUUGUCACUGCUAGCAGCGAAGACGGUGGAGUAGAAACAGAAAUUUGUCCACAGGGCACUAUCAAUUUCGCAGGGGCUUCAACUCCAGAAAAGAUUUAUUCUUCAGAUGCAAUGCCACAAUCGGAAAUUAUGAAUGAAAAAACUAAAACCCCCAAAACACCACCUUCGUCUGGAAAAUCAUCUCCGGAGCUUAAAACAUCAACUUUAUCUGUGGAAGAAAAAGAAAAGAAUGAAAUUCCUGAAAAAGAAUCAAACCUACCAAAAACCACAGAAAGUUUUAUUUCCCGUUUCCAAAGGGAAGAACACGAAUUGACGGAAAUAAGACGAGAGUCUGCUAUAAGUAUGCUUAGUGAAAAAGAUUAUACAAAAGAUGAAAGUUCUAUUAUUAUUAUUGAAAAAGUAAACUCAAGAAGUCAAUCCAUAACUUCCAAUAUACUCGAUUUAGAUCAUGAUGAACAUGAUCACCAUGAACAAUUGUUGCCGACUACUGAAAGAUCAGAACGAAAGGAUUCGCAUGCGCAUAUAACUGCAGAUACAAAAGUAGACAAAAUUGAUGAUCAUCAGAUUUCUGCGCAAGCUGGUGAUCGUAAAGAAUCAAUUGCUUCAGCAACUUCUGAGAAGAAAGGUGAAGAAAGCAAAGAAGCUUCUCGACCAGCAUCUCAAGCAAGUGCUAUCAGUGAGAAGUCAGCUACAGGAAAAGCUGAUGAACAACCAUUGACACUGAAGGCUGAUGAUCGUAAAGAAUCAAUUGCUUCAAAGAAAGGUGAAGAAAGCAAAGAAGCUUCUCGACCAGCAUCUCAAGCAAGUGCUAUCAGUGAGAAGUCAGCUACAGAAAAAGCUGAUGAACAGUCACUAACUGUGAAAGCUGAUGAUCGCAAAGAAUCAAUUGCUUCAGUAACUUCUGAGAAGAAAGGUGAAGAGAGUAAGGAAACUUCUCGACCAGCAUCUCAAGCAAGUGCUGUCAGUGAGAAGUCAGCUACAGAAAAAGCUGAUGAACAACCAUUGACACUGAAAGCUGAUGAUCGUAAAGAAUCAAUUGCUUCAGUAACUUCUGAGAAGAAAGGUGAAGAAAGCAAAGAAACUUCUCGACCAGCAUCUCAAGCAAGUGCUAUCAGUGAGAAGUCAGCUACACAAAAAGCUGAUGAACAACUACUGGCGCUGAAAGCUGAUGAUCGUAAAGAAUCAAUUGCUUCAGUAACUUCUGAGAAGAAAGGUGAAGAAAGCAAAGAAGCUUCUCGACCAGCAUCUCAAGCAAGUGCUAUCAGUGAGAAGUCAGCUACAGGAAAAGCUGAUGAACAACCAUUGACACUGAAAGCUGAUGAUCGUAAGGAAUCAAUUGCUUCAGUAACUUCUGAGAAGAAAGGUGACGAAAGCAAAGAAGCUUCUCGACCAGCAUCUCAAGCAAGUGCUAUCAGUGAGAAGUCAGCUACAGAGAAAGCUGAUGAACAACCAUUGACACUGAAAGCUGAUGAUCGUAAAGAAUCAAUUGCUUCAGUAACUUCUGAGAAGAAAGGUGAAGAAAGCAAAGAAGCUUCUCGACCAGCAUCUCAAGCAAGUGCUAUCAGUGAAAAGUCAUCUACAGAAAAAGCUGAUGGACAACCAUUGGAACUGAAAGCUGAUGAUCGUAAAGAAUCAAUUAAUUCAGUAACUUCUGAGAAGAAAGGUGAAGAAAGCAAAGAAGCUUCUCGACCAGCAUCUCAAGCAAGUGCUAUCAGUGAGAAAUCAGCUACAGAAAAAGCUGAUGAACAAUCAUUGACACUGAAAGCUGAUGAUCGUAGAGAAUCAAUUGCUUCAGUAACUUCCGAAAAGAAAGGUGGAGAAAUCAGGGACGCUCUGUCUGGUGAAAGUGUUAUAUUUGAAAAAUGCUCAUCUGUGAAAAUAUCUUCAGAUUUAGCAAAUCCAUGCGAAUCUAAUGUAACACGAGAAAUCGAAGUAGAAAAAAUGAUAAAAAAAGAGUCUACGCACUAUGUGGAAGUUUCAACUUCUGAUAUGAAUAACAAGUUUGAUUCUACCACUUCAGCUGUUAUGUUUGCUCAAAGAAUUAAAGAUUCCACAAUAAAAGAUUUAGCUGAAUAUUUGGACCGUCCUGAGUCGCCUUCCAGUGUAAGUAGUGAUAAAAAUGUUUCUGACAUUCAAGAUGCAACUCCACCAAAACAUGAGUUUGAGAUUCGAAGAAAAUCUUCUGUCUCAGUAGCGUCUGAUAAAUCCUUUGUUUAUGAUGAUUUGAAUCGACCAGAAUCUCCACCGAGUAUUGGAAGUCAAGGAGUUUCAAAGUUUGUUGAAAUGAAAAGUUUUGAAAGGCCAGAUUCACCAUUAAGUGUGUCAAAUGAUGUUGUUUGCUCAUCUGAAAAGGAUACUGAAUUUGUUGACACAGAUAUAAGAAGAAAAUCUUCUAUUUCUUUGGCGUCAAAUGCUUCAGAUAGAAAAGAAAACUUUUCGAGACCUGAAACCCCGUUAAGUGCUACUGAAUGGGAUAGUCAUUUUGAAGAACCAUCAAAUCUCGAUUCAACAAAUGUAGAAGAAAGUGAAGAUCGACGUGAAUCUGUUUCAAAGGCAGAAAAACUUUUCGAAUCAAGAAAGGAAUCACAAAAAUCGUUUGACGAUAGUUUGGUAUCAAUGCAAACAAGUAAAACAUUUGAAGACUCUGAAGAAAAAAUAUUUAUUAAAGAGUCGAGAUCCAAAUCUGUGUCAUCUAUAGGUUCAACAUCAAGUCGUAUUGAAGAUUUUGGAAAAUUAUCAGCAAUCGAAGAAUUUUUGUCAUCAUCAAAAGACGAAAUAAAUUUUUCAUCUAAAUCUUCAGAAGAAACUUUAUCACAAAAGAGUGUGAAAGCUGCUGGAAUUCCAUUGCAUACAGAAGAACAUUCAGAAAUGGAAAUUAUAUCAACAUCAAGUUUCCCACUGCUUUCAGAUCAAGAAUUAAAGGUGACUUCUACAAGCUUCCCAAUUCAUGAACAUUUUACCACUGAAGAAGGAAAUUUUACGACUACUUCAACACAUGUCAUCACGACACAACAAUUUAUUAUUACUGAAACAUUACAAAGUUCAGAGAGUUUGGAGGGCAAGACAACACCUCCAACGAUUCCAUCUAGUCCGAAUCUUAUCAUUGAGAAGGUUCAAAAAGUCACAGAAACUGUAGGAAAAGUGUCUGGUAUUUCAACACCAAAAGGUUCAAUUCAUUCUGGUAAAUCAAGUCCCGAUAGUGCAGCUUCAAAGUCAAUUGCUUUUGGUCAGGGAUCAAUUGUUGAAGAGACGCCUGAUUCGUCUCCGAAACCGACAUCUCCAUUCCCAAAGACAAUUGAUGCUUUGAAAUCUGAGGAUGAUCAUAAGACAUCAUCAGGUAUUAGCACUCCUGAUAUGACAAGAACUUCAACACCAGAUACCACUGAAAAGUUUGUGGAAUCAUCAAAAACAACUUCUACUGAAAAAGAAGUCAAAACAUUCACAUCGAAAGUUCACACACAAGAUUAUACAUUCAAAUCUGAUAAAGACAUUUCGAAAGAUAUUUUGGCUUUGAAAGAAUCACCUCAAGCAGCAAUGGAUUCCUAUCAUAGCCAAUUGUCAACAUCAUUUAAAAAUGAAGAGCCAAAUGAUAAUAUUUCUGGGGAACAGCAUUUCAUUUAUGAAGGAGACGAAGACGAAAUUCCCCCUCAAUAUGAAGAAGUCAAAUCAUCGAUAUUAGUCAGCUCCACUUUACAAUCCGAUCCAAUGAGCACUUCCUUUUACGGUUCUCUGCCAGCGUCUUCAACAUCAGACAAUGCAAAAUCCGUGCCAAUUCCAAUUAAAACAUCAACAACCGUCACAAGAACGUAUGUGGAGUAUGAAUCAAGCCCUGAUGUUAGUAGUGACUUAGAAGCAGCCAAAAGAUCAAUAAAGGUUUUAGAUGAAGCUGAUUUAGAUUUUGAGAAAGUUUUCAAGACUCAAUCAAAAACUAUAACAACAGUCACAACUCAAACAGUUCAAUCAUCAAGCACACCAUCAAGCUCUGAUGUCGUGGAAAGCUCAACAACAACUGAAACAGUUGAAUCAUCUGCUGAAAAACAAGAUGAAAAACUGUGGGAAAAACCAUUAGGUUUACCAUCACCUGCACCACAACUCCCGGAAAAUGGCGCAAACACAACUCCAAAGCGAGAAAGGAAAAUCCUUGCCAAUAAAAAUAAAUUGAAUUUGCAGAAACGUUCAAAUAGUCCCAUGGCUGGGAAGAAAUUGUCACCAAUUUACAUGGAUUUAGCUUACGUUCCACAUCAUGGCAAUUUACAUUACUCACAUGUAGAAUUUUUCAAGAAAAUUCGUGCAAGAUAUUAUGUUUUCUCUGGCACUGAACCAAGCAAGGAGGUUUAUAAUGCUUUACUUGAAGCCAAACAAACAUGGGAAGAUCAAAGUCUUGAAGUCACAAUCAUUCCGACUUACGACACAGAUGUUCUUGGUUACUGGGUGUCAGAAAACGAAGAACUCUUGGCUAAAUAUCACAUCGAUUUAUCACCAUCAGCUGCGCGUUGCACCAUUAAUUUGCAGGAUCAUGAAACUUCUUGUUCUGCUUAUCGUUUGGAGUUCUAGGCGACGGGCAUUUUCGUACAAUUUCCAAUUUUCUUUAAUCCUAUUUCCAAUGAGUAAGAAAUGAUUGACUAGUCAAUAUUAUUUAAAAGUAAUUCCAAAAAUUAAAAUUAGACGAACCUUAAUUGAAAUGCUAAGUAGAAUAUCCAGGAGAAUGUUUUUCAGGUACCUUUAUCAAUUUUUAGAAUUAUGAUAACCGAGCUUAGUAGACGAACCUGUUUCUUAAAAUGAUGAAAAUAAUUUCAUAAUGUGUUAUGUUGGAAAGAAAUGUAAAAGUAUUUCAUUUCGUUUCAUAGAAUUGAUAGCAGGUAGUCGAUAAGGAGAUGAAGUGAAGAAAAUUUCUAAUGAAUUAAAAUUACUCAAAACAUUCUGCUUUAUCUAUCAAUUUUGCAUUUGUUCAUUUUUAUAUCUAUUUGGAAAAAUAAAAAAAAAUAUUGUAAUAGUUAAACUUCACUUUGACAUGCUGACUGUCACGAAGUUUGCUUAUAAUAAAUCAUCACAUUUUUGGCUAUUUAUAUGUUUGUUUGAAUAAUUAUCUAAUUCAAAAUAAAAGAGCACGAAUUUAAGAGUUUCUAGUAAAAUCAUUAUUGACCAUUUGGUAAUCUUAAACAACAAAAAAAAAAGAAGAAAAUUCAAAAUUUAUUGAAAACACAAAAAUAAAGUUUUAAAUUGGUUCCUCAAAUAUAAUUCAUUAAAUUUAUGCAAAGAAAUUAUAUCCAAUGAGAUAAAUGUUACAUGUUAUAUAUGAAUCAACAAAAUUUUAGAUGAAUUGAGAAUAUAAAAAAGAAAUUAAUAAUUGAUCAGAAUAUUUCAAAUAUCUCAUAUUUUUUAAAAUUUAAUAACCACCAGGAAGGGAAAAAAAGUGAAAAGAAAAAUCAGCUUUCCUACAUGAAAAGUAGAAAAGAACAUUACGCAAUAAACUUUAGAUAACAAUUAACUUCUGAAUGCACAAUAUGAUGUUAGAAGGGUCUUCGAAUGAGCAUUUUUAUAUUUAAAUGAGAAUGGGUAUAGAAUAUUAAAUUCUUGUGAUAGAAUUUUCAAUGAAAUUGAAUACAGACGCCCAAUAAACUGGGUCGAGGUCUCCAUAAAUUGCAGAAAAAGUUUGUCAACUAAAACUUUAAUAAUUUUGUAGCCAAAAGAAAAGUGAAGAGUUUUGUACUGUUUUUAAUAAAUUUGUACGAUGUCGAGGAAUAGAAUUUUAUUUCUGGUUUUAAUAGCUUAUUAUCAAUCAUAAAAAUAAUUUAAGUUUGUUGAUAGAUAGACAAAAAGAAAUCAUUUUUCAUUUGAUCUUUGUUGCAAUGUUUAAUAAAAUUACAAAAUAGGAAAUCAAGUGAAAACAAUAAAUAAGAUGAUGGCCUUUAGUUAGUUUAAUAGGAAUAAAUUUUUUAAGUUUUCCCUUUUCGAAAAAAUGGACGCGAUUGUCAUUAAAAUUUUUUAAAUACGUGAUGAGAUCAGGAGCUUUUAAAAGGAAAGAAAAUGAAAUGAAUUGACAAAAAAAUAAUAUUUUUCCAAUAAAUUCCUAAGAAAUCUGCUUUACAUGUAUCAACUCCCAAUGUAAAAUUUAAAUAUAAAGCUAAAACGAAGGCAUGCGAAUGGAUUUGCUACGUAGGGAUUGUGAUAGGUGCUAAAUGAUGAUAAAUCCGAACAUUAAAUAAGAGAUUUGCCUUUCAGUGGAAGUCAUUGGGAAUGCCACAAGUCAGUAAGUAAAUGACGAAAGAAAAUAAAAGACAAAAAUGCUUAAUGAUGAAUGCUUACAUGCAUUUAGUCUCAUCAAAUAACACGUUCAAAAGAAAUUGAUAAAUUAAUAAUCAAAUCAUUAGCAGUAAAUUUUUUUGAUGAAAUUAAAUAAGAAAAAUUAUUAAAGAAUUUCAGUUUCUAUUGCCAAUUUAUGAAUGUUUAGUAAUCAAACUUCUAUGUGAGGAAAUCUGCAGAUUUUCUUUGAAAUAUGAGUCUCAUGAAAGUAAAACUUAUGAUUACGGUGAGGAAAUGGAAAAUGGAAAAUUAUCUAAAUCAAAACAAAAUUCUGUGACGACAUAUUUUAAAGAUUUUCUGGAGAAUGUUUUCUUACAAAAUUAUCUAUGCAUGAAAAUUUCUCCCUUUUCUGUCUUUAAUAAAUAAAUGAACUUUCUCAAAUUUUUAGAAUUCUAACUUUCUUCUUAGCUUUGAUGUUAAAGUGAAAAAAAAACAAACUUUAAAAUAUUUAUGAAGUUAAAAUGGCUUAAAUAUUGCAUUAAAAUGUUUAUUCUCAAAUUAAAAUGUUGCUAAAUGUAAAGAAAGAAAAAGUCAAAUAAAAAGAAUAAAAUAUUAGAUAAAA